GGGAGAGGCUCCGGGUCGCGCACGCGCGCGCGCGCUCUGCACUUAGCCAUCGCCUGAAGGAGCAGAAAGCGGAGAAGGGCGGGGUGGCUACGCGGUGGAGCGCGCGCGGCGAGGACGAGCCCAGAGCGAGCGCGAGCGCGAGCGGCCCCGCCCCCCCGCCCCCGGCUCCCAGGGAAGAAGGAGGCGCGGCGCUGCCGGCUGCUGCUGCGGACGCCCUGACAGACAGACGGACGGACGGGCGGACGGACGGACUGACGUACGGACAGACGGAUGCGCUAAGGUAAAGAAGCGGGCGGGGAGGCCCUCGGGGCCCCGGGCGGGGGAGGCUGCGAUGCCCGCCCCCCACCCCGGCCUCGUCACGGUCAGCGGCCGCCCGUGUCCCCCCCCAGGACCCGCGGACAUGUCCGAGGCGAAGCAUCGAAAGAAGGCGGGCGCCAAGGGGGCGCCCCCGGAGCCGGGCCGACGCGGCGAGGCGGGGCAGCCCCCGGAGCCGGCCCGGGGAGCGGGAGGCGGCGGCGGCGGCGGCGGCGGCUGGGCAGACCCGCGGACCGUGCUGUGCCUGCUCUCCCUCGGGACCAGCCUGGCCUUGGCCUGGUUUGUAUUUCAACAGUCAGAAAAGUUUGAUAAUGUAGAAAAUAAAUACCAGCUACUGAAAUUGGAAGCCACAGAAUUCCAUAGCCUUCAAAGUCAAGUCGAUUUAAUUUCUGAAAAGUGUCAGAAGUCUGAAGCUAUGAUAAAACAGUUGAAGGAUUUUCAGAUCAUUGCUCAUCUAAAACGUCUUCAGGAAGAUGUUUAUAACUUGAAAACUUGGUCCAACAGGAUAACUGAGAAAAGGGAUAAGUUGAACAACAACAUGACAGCUCUUUAUCAAGCAGUUACAAACACAGACCAGAGUACAAGUUUCCUGGCAAAAGAGGUUUCCCUCAAGAUUACAGCUGUCAAAACCGAUAUAAGGCGUAUUUCAGGGUUAGUAACUGAUGUAACUUCAUUAACAGAAUCUGUACAAGACCUGGAAAGCAAAUUAGAAAAAGCAGAACAAAAUACAAUCAAAAACAUAGGUGAUCUUCUUUCCAGUAGCAUUGACAGAACAGCAAAACUAAGGAGUUUAGCAUCUGAAAAUUCAGAAAGAAUUCAGGUUGCUAGGAAGAUGCUUUCUGAACUGAAAAGUGAUUUCACCAAGCAUUCAGAUAGACUUUUAAACUUAGAAAGUGACAGGGCUAAAAUUCUGAAGACAGUGAAUUUUGCUAAUGAUUUAAAGCCUAAGGUUUAUAACCUCAAAAAGGAUUUUUCCCGUUUGGAACCAAUGAUAAAUGAUUUAACCUUACGAAUUGGGAGAUUAGUUGCUGACUUACUACAAAGAGAAAAAGAAAUUGCUUUCUUAAAUGAAAAAAUAUCUAAUUUAACUAUAGUUCAAACUGAGAUUAAGGAUGUAAAAGAGGAAAUAACCAAAAUUUCAGAUAUAAAUUAAUCCAGGGAUUUUUAACCUGUUUUGUGUCAUGUUUUUAAAUGCAUAAAGUACAUAAGACUGCAAAGGAAACCAACUAUACCAAAAUUUAAAAAAUAAUAAUAAUAAUUCAUAUAACCCUGGUUAAGAAUAUCUGAAUUAGUUGGGUUUUUUGACUAAGUUGCCUAAAUUGGAAAAAAAAAAAACCCAAAAUGGAACAUCAUAUUGCAAACUGAUUUUAAAAAAUGGAAUUUAAAUUUAAUACUUAAAAUUUUGGAAGCUUUUAAAUUUUCGUGUAUUUGAAAAAAUGUGUCGUAAAAUAAAGGUGUUUUUAGUGAGCUUGUGUAACAGUUGAGUACUUCAGUUUUUCAGCAAGUAAGCAUGUACUCUCAUGUUUCUAUACAGAUGUCAAAAUGUUAUUGGGAGACUUUAGUGACUUCUGACAGAAUUCAGUCUCUGGUACGAGUCUCCCCAUUGCCAGCUUUGUUACAUGAUCUGCCCCCUUCAGACCCAAUGUUUCACUCAGUUCUCAGAGCCAUAGCUUUUUAUACAUUUGUUACGUAUAACUAGCUAAUCAUAACCAGGAUUCAUUUUCAGAUUAUCAAUCAAUUAACAGUUCCUCAGAGAACUUGACAAUCCAGUUGAUUUAGAGAUGUACAUAGAUAGCUAUACAGAAGAUAUAAAUACAAGGAAUGAAAGUGGGUGAUCAUGACAAUUUUCAUGUUGAAAACUAUCACAAAAAUAUUAUUUAUUCGUGUGUGUAAUAAGGUACAACAUGUUUUUGCCUUCUAUUAAAGACUCAAGAUUUAGAUAUCUUGAUUGAAAUACUCUGCUGAUUGUGAAAUUAUGUGGUUGUGGUUGUGAAAACUUAGUUCCGUAGACUGGUCUAUAAAACUGGACUUAUUUAAUCCUCAGAGUGGACUACUACCAGAAAGAGUGUCUGCUGACUUAAAAGCCAAACCUCCAUUUCUGGAAUUCUGUAAGAAUUAUGUCCUGGAGAAAAAUUGCCAUAGAGUAGAAUGAGUUGUAAGAUCUUAGAGGUCAGAUCUUGGGGUCACACCUUAAUUCUCAUAUUGACAAGCUGUGUUAUGUGACUGGGUAAGUCACUUCAACCUCCAUUUGGGAGGAAGGGGGAAAAUACUUGCCUUACCUGCCUCCCAGGAUCAUUGUGAGGGAAGCUUGUACAUCCCAUUAGAGGGUUUGAUUCCAUAAUCACCUAUUGGGUCUUUGCUGUGAAUGGCACCUCAGAAUCUGUGAGGACUGUAGACACAAAUAGAUAGAAAUAAUCACUCAUCAUUAUCAGGUUAGCUCUUUAGUUGUACAAUUUUUAUUCAUACUUGAAGAAUCACAAAAAUGGCUUCCCUGCAACCCCAGGGAAUUUACUCACCAGGGAAUCCCAGGUCUUCAAAAUCAGAAAGACAUCCAACUAAAGACUGAUUCCUUGUGUCUUAAAUGGGACCAUCACCAUUUUUUAAAAUAGCAAGAACUCACACCAAUAGAGUUCUUUUAAGGUUGGCAAAACAUUUCCCUCCCCCCCCCCCAUCCUAUGAAUUAAGAGUGCAAAUGAGGAAAUUGAGGCUCAGAUAAAUGAAGUGAUUUGCCCACGAUCACACAACUUGUCAGUUUUGGAGCUUGAAUUUAAACUCAGAUGUCCUUGAGCAUGCCCUUUCCCCUGCCCCACACUGACUAUCCAGAAGAAAAGAUGAUGUGAAUGAUAGUGUCACAGCCCCUUUUAAUCUUUAAAAAAAAAAAUCAACUUAU